AUGAGCCGCCAAGUCAGUUAUAGCCAACAGUCUUGUAGGACCUCCAGUGGAGGGCAACGCCAGGGAUUCAGUGGCCGAUCCGCUGUGGUCUCUAGCAGGAGCCGCAUCAGCUCUGGCAGGUCGACAUCUGCUUCCCGAUAUGGAGGAGGUGGUGGCAGCGGUGGUGGCAGUGUUUCCUCAGCCUGUGGCAUGAUGGGUUGGGGCUUUGGCAGCAGAAGCUUGUACUCUCUUGGGAGGAACAAGAAGAUCUCCAGUAGCAUAGCUGGGGGUAGUUAUCAGGCAGGAGGCUUCAGUGGUGGCCGAAGUUGUGGCUUUGGGGGUAGUGGUUUUGGAGCUGGUGGCUUUGGAGGGGGAGUUGGUGGCUUUGGAGGGGGAGCUGGUGGCUUAGGAGGGGGAGCUGGUGGCUUUGGAGGGGGAGCUGGUGGAUUUAGAGGGGGAGCUGGUGGCUUUGGAGGGGGAGCUGGUAGCUUUGGUGGCCCUGGUGGCUUUGGUGGCCCCGGUGGUCCUGGUGGUUUCCCUGGCGGUAUACAUGAAGUGACUGUCAACCAGAGUCUCCUAAAGCCCCUCAAUGUGGAGAUCGACCCCCAAAUUGGGCAGGUGAAGACCCAAGAGAAGGAGCAGAUCAAGACCCUCAAUAACAAAUUUGCUGCCUUUAUUGACAAGGUCCGGUUCCUGGAACAACAGAACCAAGUCCUAGAGACCAAGUGGCAGCUGCUUCAGGACCAAGGCUCCACCUCUGGCUCCAACACCCUGAACCUUGAUCCCUUCUUUGAGAACUACAUCAGCAGCCUCAAGUCCCACCUGGAUGGGGUGCUCAAUGAAAAAAACAAGCUGAAUGGGGAGUUGAGCAGUAUGGAAGACAUGGUGGAAGACUUCAAGAAGAAGUAUGAAGAUGAGAUCAACAAACGCACUGCUGCUGAGAAUGACUUUGUGGUUCUUAAGAAGGAUGUAGAUGCUGCCUACAUGAACAAAGUAGAACUGGAGGUUAAAAUGGAGAACCUGAUGGAUGAAAUUAACUUCUUAAAGGCCUUGUACGAAGCGGAGCUGUCCCAGAUGCAGUCAGAAACCAGCGACACCUCCGUGAUUCUUUCCAUGGACAACAAUCGAUGCCUGGACCUGGAUAGCAUCAUCGCUGAAGUCCGAACACAAUAUGAGGAGAUCACCCAGAGGAGCAAGGCUGAGACCGUGGCCCUGUACCAGAGGAAACUAGGAGAGCUGGAAAACACGGCUGGCAGGCAUGGGGAUGACCUGAAAAGCAUCAAGAGUGAGAUCUCUGAGCUCAAUAGGAUGAUCCAGAGACUUCGAGCUGAAAUUGAGAAUGUCAAGAAGCAGAAUGCCAACCUUCAAGCAGCCAUUGCCGAUGCUGAGCAGCGUGGGGAGAUGGCUCUCAAAGAUGCGAAUGCCAAGGUGGUGGAACUCAAGGCUGCCCUGCAGCAGGCCAAGGAUGAACUAGCCCGCCUACUUCGUGAUUAUCAAGAGGUCAUGUCUGUCAAACUAGCUCUGGACAUGGAGAUUGCCACCUACAGGAAACUUCUGGAGGGAGAGGAAUGCAGGAUGUCUGGAGAGUGCCAGAACACCGUGAGCAUUGAGAUGGUCUAUAACAGCAGUAGCAGCAGUGGUGUUUCCACAGGAGGAGGAGCCAGUGGACGUGGCCAGAGAGGCACCAGUGGGGGCAGUUAUGGCAGUGGGGGGAUGAGCAGUGGAGGCAGUUAUGGCAGUGGGGGGAUGGGCAGUGGGGGCAGUUAUGGCAGUGGGGGGAAGAGCAGCAGGGGGAUGGGCAGUGGGGGCAGUUAUGGCAGUGGGGGGAAGAGCAGCAGGGGGAUUGGCAGUGGGGGCCAUGGGGGAAGUUCCAGUAGGGGCUUGAGCUCUGUUGGGAGCUGUAGUGUUGGAGGUGGGUACUCUGGCCAAUCUGGAAGCUCUGGGGUUCUCAGUGAGGGUGGCAGCAGCUCCAUCCAGGUCUCACAGAGCUCUACUCGAAGCCAGAGGUCCAACAGCAAAUUCUAA